GUCGGACGUAGUUCCGGUUGUGGGCGGGACUGUAGAAUUGCCUACGCUGGCACCUCGGCGGGUCACUAUUUACAACUCACACACCCUGCGAGCCAGGUGAUCGCAUCUUCCCCAUAUCCCAGGAUCCAUCCGCCGCACAGCAGCCAUGGUGGCCAAGCAGAGGAUCCGAAUGGCCAACGAGAAGCACAGCAAGAAUAUCACACAGAGGGGCAACGUGGCCAAGACCGCGAGAAACGCCACGGAAGAGAAGUCAUCGGUAGGUCCCUGGUUACUGGCCCUCUUCAUCUUCGUGGUCUGCGGGUCAGCAAUCUUCCAGAUCAUCCAGAGCAUCAGGAUGGGCAUGUAAAAAGUCUGCCUGCAGAUGAUUUUUGUUCUCCUGUGAAGUAUAACAUGAACUCUUACACUUUUUUUUUUUUUCUGUUGAUUGGGACAAAGAAAAACAAAACCACGGAUUUCACAUAACUGUUCCAGAAUGACGACUUGUACAGCAGUUAUUCAAGUCAUUCCAAAUGAUUCCACCAAAGUCAUUCCAUGUUUUCUAAUCCAUACCACAGUGCCUUCAGAGAGCACCAUAUGCAUAAGAGCAAUAAAGGCAGAUGUGCUAUUGUGGAGCUACUUAUUCAGUGAACUGUCAA